AUGCAGGCCGAAAAACCUAACGUGUCUCUAGACAGGAGGCAUUGGGUUCACUUCGUUGCCGGCGGGACGGGCGCGGUCGUAUCCACAACGGUUACUUUCCCUCUCGACGUCGUGAAGACGAGACUGCAAAGCGACUUGUAUCAUCAACUUAUCGGAGGAGGCAGAAUAGGUACGGAAACACCAAGUCUAGGGACCACUCAGUUGUUGAAAAACAUUUACAGGCGUGAGGGAUGGCGAACUCUCUUUAGAGGUCUUGCCCCUAACUUAUGGAGCUUUGUACCUGAGACCGCAAUUGGGUUCUACGCUUAUGGAAACACUAAACGUAUCCUUGCCGAAAUCUUCAACCACGGCCAUGAGUCAGCAGCCAUCCACAUGUGUGCUGCAGCACUUUCUGGGAUCGCUACAGAAACCUGCACGAAUCCACUAUGGGUUGUCAAGACUCGGCUCCAGCUUGAUCGGGAGCGUUCAACUAGAUCAGGACGAGUGUAUAAGGGCUCGUGGGACUGUGCGAAACAGAUCCUCAGGUCCGAGGGCGUUCCUGGCUUAUACCGAGGGUUGACGUUGAGCUAUUUGGGUGUAUCGGAGUUUGUGUUGCAGUGGAUGCUUUAUGAGCGAAUGAAACUGGCCUGCGAUACAUCUAAAGAGGCCGCAUCUCCAUCCAGAAGUUUGCAGAAUGGACCGAGCUCCCCUUCAGAGUGUUUUGGAAUCCUUGGCGCCGCUGGCUUGUCGAAGCUCAUUGCCGCAACCAUUGCCUAUCCCCACGAAGUAAAAUAA